GGCCACUCACUGGGCUCUCUCAGUUUUCAAGCUGAGCAGGAGCUGGGAUAUUACAUACCCUCCACAGCGGCGCGGUUUUGCCCUGGCUCGGCUGAAGUUUUCCCACAGAUAAGAGGGAAAGGGGUGGGGAAGCAAGACUGCCCUGAGGACACCUCUCUCGCACGACAUGGAGAACAGGCCAUCAGAGACCAACUCAGAGGUGGACAAGUCAGCAUCACCCUCAGUGGCUCAGCUAGCAGGGAAAUUCAAAGAGCAAGCAGCCAAUAUCACUGGAAAAGAGGUACCACCACAUAAGCCAACUCGGAGGAAACCACCAUGCUCCCUUCCAUUGUAUUCCCACAAAUCUGAGACAAAUGACAAUGAUGAGCAAAAGCGGUCUCCAAAUGCUUGCCCCAUUCCUAAGGUCAAGGUGAAAAGCUCCCCCAUGAUUGAAAAGCUGCAGGCCAAUCUGGCUUUUGCUCCAGCUGCUCUGCUGCCGGGAGCAUCUCCCAAAAGCCCUGGUCUGAAAGCCCUGGUUUCUCCGUUCAGCACCCCUCCCUCAACGCCCAGCAGCCCCGGGAUUCAGUCCCAGCCCAGUGAAGCGAACGAGACGCCGGUCAGCUUUGAUCAACCCCCAGAAGGCACUCAGCUGCAAUUCUAUAACAAGGUGCGGACGCGGGGAUCAAUAAAGCGCAGGCCUCCUUCUAGGAGGUUCCGAAGAUCUCUGUCUGAGUAUGGAGAUGGGGAAGAUUUAGGGGUCAACAUCACCUCUCCAGAAAAUGGUGCCAAGGAAGACGGGGAUGAGGUGUUUGGGCCCAAGGACAAGACAGGGGAGGCAGAAACAGGGAGCAAAGAGCAAAAGAAACAGACGGGGUCUGAUGAGAAGCCCCCAUCAAGGAAAGGAUCCAGCAGAUCAGAAGAUGAAGAAAAAGGGGAAAAACAGGCAGAGGAAAUGACUCCUUGCAAGAGUAACAGAGGGGAUACCAAGGAAGAGGAUGUUUGUCAUGGUGCCCCAGGGGAGGAAAACUCUCCCCAGCCUCCCUCUGGAGACAAGGAGGAGAAGGUGUGCGAGAGUCCCCAGGGAGAAGAGCAGCAAGGCACCGCCUGUGAACAGGAAAAGGGGGACAAGGAGAGGGAAGAAGUUAAAACUGAAGCUGAAACUGAAGCGAAGGAGACCAGUGAGAGCACAGAUGCACAGAGAACGUCAGACACUGAAGAAACGCCACUGGCACCUGAACUGCUGCAGGACACAGUGGGCUUAGAGACUGCCAGUGAGGCUUCAACAUCAGCCACGCAGGACCAGGGCACAGCAUAACUGUGGCGCACAGGACCCAAUCAGGGCACAGGAGACCUAACGUGAAUAAGAGCCAUCUAACCCAAUCAAGGUGGAAGCUACUGGAAAACCUUCAGUGGCAGGAGAGGAGCAGAAUACAGAUACCCACCAAGGUCCAGACUCAUCCCGGAGCUGAGUGGCUGCUCGCUGGCUCUCUGCUUUGGCCCAACGUAUUUUGGGACAGUCGGAACAAGACACUGGCUUACAAUUGCUUCGGAGUUCAAAACUGAGGUGUUGGUUGAUGUUCCUCGGUGAUAUUUGAGGACUGAGCGACCUGAUAGGUGCCGUCCUGGAGUCAACAGCCACCACCACUUCUGGUCCCUAUGUUCCUUCAUCCUGCCCCAAAAUGUCUUUUUCUUCUCCCCUGCAUUGGUCUUAGAUGAAGUUCAUCAGUUACAUACAUACAUGUAUGUUGCCUUUUUGGUAGCUUCUUUUGAAAUAUUUUGGGCUUUCAAAUUUUAGUAAAUAAUGUUUUAACAGUAGGAAAAAGUAUGUUUUCUCCAUAUAUGCUGUAUGGCAGACAAUGUGAACCCUGAACACAGGGAAAACUCUUAGGACAUUGUUCAUAAAGCAUAAAAUCCCUUUGAAGUCAGGGUCAAGCUGCCUGAUCCGUGAAACAGCCAUCUGUGCUAGGUGAUUUUUCUGUGUGCUUCAACUUUGGGAUGUUUUUAGUGCUGGUGGAAAGUAACAACCAACAGAUUCGAUGCCCAGAAAAGAUGUGCUGCGUAGGUCAACAGGGCAAGUUUCCUUAUCCAGCUUUGGGCUCCAGUCCAAACUUAGAAGGGCUGCCUGUCCAUCAGUCUUUCUCACUUCCAGAACCUAUCCGAUCUUUUGAUUCUCUUUUGCAACUUCCAGUGUGUGGCUACCGAGUGCCACCCGUGAUAGAAAGCAUCCUGGCUUACAGGAAACAGCUCAUUAAUUGUAUGUAGGUCAAAGAAGAGCACUGAGGUGUCACUUGCUGAGAGCCAGCGGCGUUGCCCCUCCUCCGUAGCAUGGGCUUGUUGGCAAACACGACCCCCACAUCCUUUUGAGCCAUGUUGAGGAGCAUUGUUGCCUUUGAAUCCCUUUGAAACUGUUUGUUAGAGCUUGUAUUCCAGGGCAGGCUGCAAUCAUUUGCUGUACCCUGUUUCUUCUCUCAGCAGAGUGUCCCAUCUGGAUGUGAGUGAUUGUGCCUUACUGUAUAUAUAGAUACACGUGCGCCUGUUUAGAGAAUGAGUAUGUGUGUCCCGAGCAAGGGAAUGGCAAUCCGAGGGAGAAACAGAAGAAAUAAA